CAUACAAAGAGCACCCACAUCCUCUCUACUCUCUACUCUCUACUCUCUAGUGGUGCCGUGCCUCCCCAUUCCCCAACCUCGCCGCUUGGUUUCCCAUGGCGAACCAGCUGCCGGUGCAGCAGCAGGUCGACCCGCUUGGACAUGAACAUCUCAACCAGCAGCGCAUGUGCGCCCCGCGGCAGCAAAGCCUAAACAACGUUCCUGUCAUCCACCUUGACAUCGGACGUCCACCGCAUGGAGAAGAAGACGACCUGGCCCAGCGCUAUGAGAAUUUCGUGCGAAUAAUCAUCCGCCGGUUAACAAAGAUCUGCCCUGCAACCUACUCCCUCCGUCCGGAAAUACUUGUCAUUGAAAUAGAUGUAUCUAGAUGUAUUUUAGUUCUAGAUACAUCCAUUUUCAUCCAUUUUGAUGACAAGUAUUUCCGGACGGAGGGAGUAUUACGGAAAGCCAAUUACCCCAUACCCAAAUGCAGCGAACCAUCCUACUAACGGUCAUAGCUACUUCCGUGUCGUGUUCUUUUCAAGCACCAAUGAUUAUGCGAGAGUGGAAUUCCUGAUAAGGGACUUUGACCUCUAUCUACUGGGAUUUACAAGGCAGCUGGAUGGCGAGUGGUCGCCUUGGUACCGUUUUACACCUUCUCUGGGGUGGCCGUCAUUCGACAUGGGCCAAGUUGUAAAUUAUAGGUUUGAUGGGGGACAUGAGCACAGCGUUGACAUGGGUGGUCGCGAAACUCUAGAGUUCAUCUUCGACACAAUUUGGACGUGGCACCCGAAUGAUGUGAGAAGCACAAAUCUGAAGCUGGCGGUUGAAAAAGCUUUCACGCUUAUUUGCGAAGCACUACGAUUCCAGUAUGUUUUUGAUGAGCUAGUAAGGAGGAUCCAAUAUGGAGAGGAUUCAAGUCCCCUGGACAUUGCAGACCUGCCUAGAGAGAGAGUCUGGAAGCGCAUUGGCAGCUGGGGCGUCAUGUGUGAAGUUGCCUUAGAAGCAGGCCUCAAUGGUGGCUUGCUAAGAACCAGAGACAAGAUGAAGGAUUACGACCGAAUCUACCAUAUCAACAGCUUCCUGGAUAUGAUAAAUGGACUCAGUGUUCUCAAGAGGAUCGAGAAAUCUCAUCUGAUCCCGCCGGUGCAUCAGCGAACCCCGGCCUAUGGAAUGCCUGUUCUUGAACCGGGCUUCAUACCGCUGGACCAAGAUUAUCCCCCGGACAAUUGGUGAGCAGGCACUCCGGCCCCGUCGUGCGCAGGGAUGAAUGGAUGGCUACUUGGUCUCUAUCUCUUAUUGGGCUUAACCCUAUAGUACUACUGUUUAUGUCGAUUUGGAUUUGGUGGCUGUGCAUGCCGGCCACAUGUAAGUGUGUUUAGGACAAUUUGACAGCUCGGCCGUGCGCAGGGAUGGCUGUGCACGCCGGCUGUAUGCUCUAUUUGUCAGCUAUGUUGUACUCCUAUUAAGACUUGGUAGCUAGGCCGUGCUCAGGGAUGGCUGUGCACGCCGGCUAUUUCUCAGUUAUGUUGAACUCG